CCCCAGAAACCCUCGCUGCGGACUUUAUUCCGCGCGCUGACUACCUCAACGGCCCUCAGAGCAGGUCUUGGCGCCGGCGGGACGAAAGGGGCGUGCGCCGGAGGAGGCGGUGCCGGCCCCAUGCCUUUACCCGCACAGCUAACCCGCCCGCCACCUCCCAUUCCUCCGCCAGCUGUCCGCUGCCUGCUUUCCCCAGCUUCCGUAGUUGCUGGCUCGGAACUGAAGUUUAUCUCUAGCUGAUGUUUAAUAAAUCUCACCAUGGUGGCUGAAACCGUAGGCCUAGAAAGUUGUUCAAUAUGGGUGCUGGCACUGUUGGGAACUUUUACAGUAACUGUUCUUGGGCUGGUGCACAAACUAGGACUGAUUUAUCAAUUCUGGCAUCAGGUGGACCCUAAAAGUACCCGGCACGGUGGGGAGAUAGUGGCAGAGGUGCUGAAAGCUCAUGGUGUGCGCUACUUAUUCACGCUGGUGGGUGGACACAUCUCCCCCAUUUUGGUGGCUAGUGAGAAAUUGGGCAUUCGUGUUGUGGACACAAGGCAUGAAGUGACUGCUGUAUUUGCAGCAGAUGCAGUGGCCAGGCUCUCAGGAACAGUGGGAGUUGCUGCAGUGACAGCAGGACCUGGAGUAACAAAUACUGUGACAGCUAUGAAAAACGCCCAAAUGGCAGAAUCUCCUGUGUUGCUGAUUGGAGGGGCAACAGGCACAUUGCAAAAGGGCCGAGGAGCUCUCCAAGAUAUUGACCAAUUAUCUCUAUUCAAGCCACUCUGCAAAUUCUGUGCUUCAGUGAACACUGUCAAAAAUAUUGCUCCUGUGCUGCGAAAAGCAAUUGCAGUUGCCCAAUGUAACACUCCAGGCCCUGUGUUUGUGGAGUUUCCUUUGGAUAUUCUGUAUCCUUAUUAUUUGGUUGAGAGAGAGAUACUUAGGAAUGUUUUUCCCAAGAGCCUGAAAGGAAAGGUCGUGAACUGGUUUCUGCACAAUUAUUUGAGAAACCUGUUUGCUGGAGCUUGGGAAGCACAAGACCUUUCACCUCUACCAGUGAACAUACCAGAAGCCACAGAAGCACAGGUGCAGCAAUGUGUGGAGCUGAUCAGCAGGGCUAGGAAGCCAGUCAUACUACUUGGCAGUCAAGUGACCCUCCCUCCAAUCCCAGCAAUCAAGCUUAGAGAAGCUUUAGAAGAACUGGGGAUUCCAUGUUUCCUGGGAGGCAUGGCCCGUGGCAUGCUAGGAAAGAACAGUCCAUUGCAUAUUCGUCAAAACCGGCGUGAGACUCUCAAGGAGGCAGAUCUGGUUAUUCUGGCAGGCACAGUCUGUGAUUUUCGCCUGUUAUAUGGGCGUGCCUUGAGCAAGUACAGCAAAAUCAUUGCUGUUAACAGAAAUCGGGAGCAACUGCUUAAAAAUGCAGAUUUUCACUGGACACCAAAUAUAGCCAUAAAAGGGGAUGCUGCAUUGUUCCUUGUGUGCUUAAACCAAAAGCUGAAAGGCUACUCAUGUCCUCAGGAUUGGGUAAUGAGUUUGAAGGAGGCUGAUCAGAAGAAGGAGAAAACAAACAGAGAGAAGGCAGAAGAACGGACAGAGCAGCAUCUUAACCCACUGAAGCUCUUGCAUCAUGUAGAUUACUUGCUUCCUGAAGACAGUGUACUAGUUGCAGAUGGAGGUGAUUUUGUAGCAAGUGCUGCCUAUAUUAUAAAGCCAAGGGGACCACUAUCUUGGCUAGAUCCAGGGGCUUUUGGAACUUUGGGAGUUGGGGGUGGAUUUGCCUUAGGAGCCAAGCUCUGCAGGCCUGACUCAGAGGUGUGGAUCUUAUAUGGAGAUGGCUCUCUUGGAUUCAGCAUCAUGGAAUUUGAUACUUUUGUGCGACACAGGAUACCUGUUAUUGCCCUUGUGGGGAAUGAUGCCUGCUGGACUCAAAUUUCCAGGGAGCAAGUGCCCUUGUUGGGUAGCAAUGUAGCCUGUGCUCUGGAUUACUUAGAUUAUCAUGUGGUUGCGGAAGGUUUAGGAGGGAAAGGUUUCCUGCUCACAUGCAAGAAUGAGGACCAAAUGGAUGACAUCAUCCGGAUAGCACAAUCCAAAUGCAGGAGUGGACAGCCCAUCCUUCUCAAUGCAUUGAUUGGGAAAACAACCUUCCGUGAAGGCUCCAUUGCUAUGUAGACUAUGGCUGUGGCUGCAGUAUCUGAGAGUUACAUGUAACAGGCUCUGGCUGUGUUGAUUCUGAGAGCCAGAAUCACUAGCCAUUGUUAAUUCUUGCUAUGCUUUUUUUUUUAUAUAAGAAAUUUUAUUGGAUUUUUCAUUUUUACAUCAAAGUGCUUGAGAAACGACGUGGUGAUGGGGAUAUCAAUUGUUCAAAGACAAAGUCAUACAUAUAUAGCUCAGGUUAGUUCAUUAGAAGUUCCCUCUCUGUUUCCCACAUAUAAUAUUACAUAUUAAGAUUAAUACAUUUCUAAACAGAGUUCAAUCAAUCAAAUCAGUCAUCAUUCACAUUUCAGUUAUAAAAAUCCAAAUCCUGUUUUUAAGCUUUACUAAUUUACAAUUACCAUAUUCCAAUUAAGCUUAAAUAAGCAUAUUAUUGACACUUCGGGUGUAUCUCAUUUCCCUUUUCUCUAACAUAAUAAUUCUAUCUAAGAUAAAUAUAUUAUUCCAACAACAACGUUCUUAUGUUUUUCACAUAUAACCUAUUUCUUAAUCUAAUAAAUCAUUUAUUAAUACUAUUUCUUCUCUUGUCACAAAUAUCUCUUCUUCCUCUAUUACAAAAUAAUUAUCUUACUUGAAACAAAAAUAUCAGUCCAAAAAGUACAUUUCUAUCUAUUUUGAAUAUAUAUUCUAUCAAUCAACCUAUAUCUAUAAAAAAUCUUUUUAACCCCAUAAAUGAAAUUUUCCCCUCCAAAUACUUAUCAUCUCUAAUACAGGAUAUUAUUAUGGGAAGUAUCCUUUUAGAAAAUUCAUGUACUUUAUUUAUUAUUAAAUCAGUCAAAAUCUCUAAAGCCUUUUUAACCCAUUAAGUGAAAUUUUAAACCGCAUUUUUAAACCUAACUCUAGCUUUCUUUCUGUGCCAAACUGGCUUCCAUAGUAAGGCUUCUACGUCAUCAAACCUCAACAUUUGAAUAAAAGUAUUUCUCGAUACUUCAGACUGGUCAAGGUUCUCUUCCCUUUCUUCCAAUGUCAUCUGAAUGGUGUAAUCAAUUUUAUUCCAUGUUGUAAUUGCUAGUUGAUUGUCCACAUUAUCACAGUUUUCAGUGGCUUAUAACUGGAUGUCAAACUCUAUUGUUUUUGGUGGUUCAAUUAACUCAGUUAAGGUUAUUCUUUGAUCAUCAAAGUUCUCCAUGGAUUGUAUAUAGGGUUGUGUAAAAUUGAUUUGCUCAGUAGUUUUCACGAUUUCUCCCGGUGUAAGUUCAUAAUUGAGUUGUAAGUGUAAUUCCUCUGUCUCUUUAAGUUGUAUGUCUCGUUGAAUAGAGGCCUCUUUGGGGUUACUCUGUUCUUCCUCUGUUAUUCUUUGGUCUAUAGCUUGAUCCAUUAUUUGAGAGUUAGUUUGUGGUUCUGUAGUAUCUUUGAUUUUUCUCCAAGAUUUCAUAUAAGUUUUCAUAUAGUCUGUAGUUUCCAAGAUUUUUUCCAAUAUAAGUUCAUAAUCGAGCUGUGGGUAAGAUUCCUCCAUUUCAGUAGUAAAAUAGUCUUUUGAUCUUUUGAUGGAGGCUAUAUUUAGCAAAGAUCAACAAAUAUCCACCUCCAAAAUUCUAGUAAGCAAAUUCACCACCCAGCUGUUCCAAAUCCUUUAUCUUUUCCCUUUUGUUAUCAUUUGAAGGUCAAAUCCAUCUUCAAAUAGCAAAAGGAAAUACAAUUGCAAUGACACUUUUCACCACAAGUAGACUUUUACAGUCCUCAUUGGACUGUAAAAUCUUUUUUCCAAGUUGGUAAAAUUUUAUCUUUUUAGAUAAAUAGAAAGAGAAAAAACAGGUAUCUCCUAUAUAAUAAAUAGAAUAAUAAUAAUAUUUCUUUUUUUUCCAGGACCCCUAGGUAUCCCAAAAAGGUUUAAUAGUCAAUAAAAAAUAGCUAUUUUAUUUCUUUUAAGCUCUUUUUCCCAGGCAGACAGAUGCCGCUCUCUUAGGACAGGGAAGUAGUCAAAAACUUUUUACAGGCAAAUAGUCAGGACAAAAGAGAGAGAGGAAAGGUCUCACCCGGAUUCAUCACGGUGGUUCUUUAUGCUUAGAUGAUCUUCUCACUUUUGGCUGGUGCGGCUGGGUGAUCGGCCAUUUUACUGGCCAAUCUUCUCCGUCAGCUCUACGGAGCUAGCUCGGACCAGAGGGAGCCGCCACCCUCCGCAGCCGAACAGGAAGCUCCUUGAGGGUAGUCGCCCCUCCAGGGGUCUACCAGCGGAGGGAAGGUAGCCAGCGAAGAGAUGAAUCUCUGUGCGACUGAAUGCGCCGCGAUCCGGAAGCAGAAGUCAAUUCUUGCUAAGCUUUGAAGCCUUCUGCCAAUGCCUAUUAUUUCUGUUGUUUCGCUUUGCUUGUUUUUUUUUUUUUUUUUGUAAAUGUCACUUUAAUUUGGUGCUCUUUUUUUUUUUUUUUUUUGUUAACAUGGUACGUUUAGCUUGGUAACCCUCAUUGGUUGAUCCUAACCUGCCAAUCAGAAAAAAUAAAGGAGGAAGUUUAAUUCUUUCCUUUUACAUUGUGGCAAAAAUCUAUUUCUUGGGAGAAUAUGAAAAACUAGAAAGUAUAUUAAUAGCAAUAGAAUGAUUGUGCAAAUAUAAUCCAGUGAAUACUCAAAAUACCUUGUGAUAAAAAAAAUAAUACAAAUUUGUGACUAUAUUAUACUAUAUUAAACUAUACUAUUAAGUUGUAGCUUAAAAUAUGUCAAAUUACUUUUAAAAAUUUACCUGGAAAAAAUUAAAUGUAAUCAUCAAAGCAACUUAAAUGAACAAAAUCAAUAUUUUCUCCUUUGGAUUAUUAAUUAAAUCUGUGUGAGUAAAUAUAUUUAUAAUCUUUGAAUGUUUUUUUAAAAUGUGUAACAAUUGUAGUUUGACAAAAGUUGAAAGUGAUUUUAUUAGACAUUUCCAUUGAUAUAUAUAUUUUGCAUAUUUUGAACUUUUGUAGCUGCUAAUUUCCAAAGUAUUUUGACAACUUGGUCAAUUGAUAUAAUUUAAUAUAUAACUUGAUACAUAUUCGUAGUUUAUCCAGAUUAUAUUAAUGAUUUAUAUAUUUUAUAAUGUGCUUUAAGGAAUUUAUUCAAUACAAAUCAAACAUCAAAUAAAAUCCAAUAUAACUUCUUUACUUACUUUUCUAUAGAGGUAUACUGUCUCAGUAUAGAUAAUUUGCUCUGAAAUGGACAUUGAAAUAAAUCUACACAGAACCACAUCUUCCAAAUUUAGUGGAACUUAAUCCCAAGUGGUUCUUGAUUGAAUUGCAGUAAAUGUUUGUCAAGCUUUUGAAUAUAAUUAAGAUAUAAAAUUAACAUUUUUACUUU